UUUUCCAAGUCUCUUAUUGCUGCAGAUUGUGGCUCCUCCUUGUUAUGCUUGUUUUCAUCUCUAAAAAAGCACAAGAAAAGGCUGCAGCUUCACACCCUCUCUCCAUAAGAGGUGGGAAACAGGUGAGUUCAGUGUAAUUCAGUGAGGCUAGUGUAGUCAUGUCAUUCAGGGAAAACUGCCCAGGCACUUCAGUAAUCAUCUUACAUGAAAAGGCAUGAAAUUAAAAUCACCAGAGACGGUCACAUCCACCCAUUUCCCUAUCUGUAUCUGCAGACCCACAUGUGGUUAAAUGGCAGGAUCACCCUGAUCUGAGUACCCCAGCCUACCUGGGGACAGGAUUUAAUUCAGUCUGAGGUUUAACAUCAAUGGGGUAUGAAUAUUAAACCUGGACUGGCUGCAGUCAGAAGUUUGACUUCAUCAUAACAUACCUACUGUGGCAUGAGACCCUUCCUGAGCUAAAAAAUAAGUUCAGGGUGGUGAUAUAAGCCCCAUACCUGGGAACAUUCAAGGCCAGGCUGGACAGGGCUCUGAGCAACCUGAUUUGGUUUAAGAUGUCCCUGCUCAUGGCAGGGGGGUUGGACUAGAUUUGACUCCCAACACAAAAUAUUCUAUGAUUCUAUGAUUGUAUGAUUGUAUGAUUCUAUGAUACCAUUCUCUCAGCUUUAUGGGCAUUGAAGGAUCUAGGCUUUUAUGCAUUGUAAUUAUAGUAAUUUCUGUUCUCAUAGUGCCAUGGGCUUAGCCAAGAAGAGAUCACACUGGACUACUCAAAGUAUUUGGAAAUAUCACGAGAUCACUUUUCCUCCAAAGAGGUCACAAAUGGGAAAAGCAGAUAGUAAGGCAGGAGAGAGAAACAGCAAAAGAAAGCAAAAAGAGUGAAUGGAAACAUAAGCAAGAUCUGUGAUUUUUCUCUGUGGAUUUGCAGGAAGACUUUGGUAGAGCCAAGAACAACACUUAGCUCAUUUGCACAUCAGCAGGAAACCUCAGCAGUGAAACCCUCUCUGCUCCUUCCCAAAUACCUAACCCUGCCAGGUUCGAAGAGAGACUCUGUCCAGAUCAGAUUGGAUUUCCCUGCUAUAAUACAUGAUACAUCCCCACAGGUAGCUCUGGUCCUGUGCUAGAGGUGUCCUGGGCAGUGGAAAGGACUGGGUGAGCCUCAGAAGGUCUUUGCACCUCAUAUUUGUGAUUCAUUAACGCUCUGUAUUUAUGGUCUGCAUGCCCCUGCUAUGGAAAACUCAUUGUUUGUGUUGCCCUUUUGUCUGGAGGCCAGAUGAGCCCAGCACCCCUGCUGUGCCACACAGCAAAAAGUCCACCUGGAGCAAUGUCUCACCCAAGGAACUAAAACGGCAGUUGAGAGGGUCCACAAGGGCAUUUCAGUUCUUCUUUGCUGUCCAUGCAAAUAGUCCCAGAGGACCAUAAACUAACUGUCUGUGUCUGAUCUGGUGUAGGACAAGAGUAAAGAGGAUAUCUGCAGGGUGGGGAAUAGUUUCAGUGAGGCAGCACGUGCUGAUAACACAGGCACAAGGGGAAGGGGACUUUUAGGCUGAUGACAGGUUGGUCCAUGCUGCUUAGCAUCAGCUCAUCAUGAGAUCUUAGUGCAUGGAAAACUUGCUGCAAUGUUACCCAGGCUGUGACCAGGCGGUCUCAUAGCCUGAUGCUUUCUCUCUGAUGGCUGGUUUGAUUCGGAGCCCACUGGUACAACAGAAGAGUUCCUUAUCAACCUCCAAGUGUUUUGUAUCAAAACCAGCACCCUGAAGGUCCUGUUUGCAGCUCUGACAAAUUAAACUCCAGGAACCCUUGACUGAGCCUGCUCCAAGGUGUGCAUUGGCAGUAGUUUCACAAACAGGAGCUUCGUGCCAGCUUGGAGAGGAAGCUCCCUGCUUUGCUGCUGUGCUCCAGGUAUGAGAGCUCCUGACUGUCUGAUGGGAAGGGAGUUGGGAAACCAGCCAGCAAAAACUCAGCCACGAGGAAAAUUCCCAGCUGGCCCUUGCUACACUUCUCUUCUUUGGGCCUAACGGUGAGAGCACAACAGGGCUGUUCAAAUGGUUUCUUCUCCAUCAUUCAUAUGCAUGGCGGAGGCUGAACGUUGUUCAAACAAAGUCUGUGCCGUAGACAUACCUGAUAGACCCCAGGCAAGCCAGUUUUGCCCCACAGGCUGCCUAGUCUAGACUAGGGAAAGGCAAACAGCAUUCCUUGUGCAGAGGAAAAGGCAGAACUUGUGCUUUAAAUGAAAAAAACCCAAAAACCAAAAAACAUACACUCUGUGGCAGAAUGCAAACCCCUCUCUAUCCCACUCUCUCCUUCAGUAUGGAAGGAGUAGGCACAUCUCCCUCUCUCUCUGCUACUUGAGGCUAACAGCUUCUUUUGUUUGGCCCCAGAGCACUCUGGCCAGGGCCAUUAGGAGAAGGGAGUGCCGAGGCGCCACUGAGCCGCUGGGCACCUGUGGCCGGUAUGGGGGAUGUUUGGAGGCUUCAGGGGCACCCACAGCCAGGGUGGGGGUGCAGAGAAGCUUCUAGAAUGCCUACAGUUAGAUCUGAUCAGCCAAUAUAAAAACGGGAUUCUCGUUGAGACUCCACCCAUUGUCACAGGUCUCUCGGAGCACGAGCAAGAUGCUGCCGCCGAAAGCCCCCUCCCCGGGAUGGAAACUGCGCUCGCCUUGCCGACACGGUUUAUAAAGCUCUUGUGGCACACAGUGCUGUGUUCAGCAAGACUUGGCAGCUCCCUGUGCUUACAUCCUGUCAACAUGAAAGUGUUCCUUGGCUUCAGCUUCUUCUUGGCUUUCCUGGACCCAGUGACAUCCCUUCAGUGUGAGGUUUGUCACAGCAUAGGAAAAAGCUGCUCUGGCCCCAUGAAAACCUGUACUGGUGAUGAAGAUACCUGCGGCAUCAUUCUGCAUGAGGUCAUGAUAGGGGGGAUGACAAUCCCUUCAUCCAUCAAGACCUGCCUGUCAUCCAACAUUUGCCACCUUGGCCCUAUCACCAUGAACUACGGGAAGGUAAAAGCAAGAAGCCACUUGGGUUGCUGCACGGGUGAUGAUUGUCAAACAAUCUCUGUCUCUUUGCCACCAGAUGACAACAUGCCCAAUGGAUACCAGUGUCCCGCCUGCUACAGCGUAGACUCCUUCCAGUGUGGUAACGAAAUUGUAAACUGCACCGGAUCCGAAACUCAGUGUGUUGACCUUGCUGGGUUAAUGAAUUCCGGUGGACUGUCUCUGAAAGCUGCCAUGAAGGGUUGCACCACCAUUUCUGAAUGCAGUAUUGUAGGAGAUGGAAAAAACAAUCUGGGAGUGAUGGACAUAAAGUUAAGACGGUUCCAAUGCAAACAAGCUUCUGCCGUGGCCAGAGUCUAUUCUGGGUCUGCCCCUCCAGACACCCUUUUCCUCCCUGUCCUGUCAGGAUUCAUCUUGGAGAAGUUACUUUUCUGACUCUUUCUAGUACUGGAUUAAUCAAAGCCCAUGACAAACUCCAGCACUGGUUUGCACGGAGUCUUGUUUGCUUUGGCUUCGCCUGUGUGGGGAUCUUGUUUUCAGAUUAGCUCUUCGUCUUUUAUAAUUUCACAGAAUAAAGACUUGCACUGAUUUUGUUUA